AUGGAAUCGGGUAUAGAAUCUCCUGCUGCACCAGAAUGGUUGCUGAAGCUAGAGAGCCGCCGUGAACAGAUAAAGGCAAAGCUAAGUCACGAAAGUGGUAACGGAGCACCGUGCAAUGCUUGCGGAAGUGCCUGCCCGGGGUUGGAUUUACAUUUCUGGCGAAAAAUUUGCCGCAACUGUAAGUGUCGCAAAGAACAACAUGAUUGCAUCGACGAUGAUGUCAGCGGCUGGGCGCAGUUUGAAAUUCUCGGAGCCAUUCGCUCCAAACCGGCAUAUAUUCGAAUAUCCGAGCUUACCGAUAAGCCGGUGCAGCUGGCAUGGGUUCCCCCGAACGUAACACCAGAACUGGCGUCGGACUAUAUGCGUACGCUCGGUCAGCAAAACAUUCCGAUUGUCGGCAGCGAAGCGGCCGAGAAGCGUAAACAGCAGCUCGAGUUCCAGGUGCCAGCGCACGAUCUCGAUACAAACCUGUGCCAUAACUUGACGCCAUACGAAGCAGGUCAGCUAAGCGAUUACGUAGAGAAAAUCAAAGCACACUGCGUUGGCCAGGGAACGGUGAUGCGCGUCGGCGGAGAUUCUGCAGGUGUAGUGCAGUACGGCACAGUGGUACAACAGCCGCCGCAGCUCCAUGGCCAAAGCACGGAAUCAGGCAGCGAAAUUGGUGCACCGGUAAAUGCUAGCUCGAACCCGAGCGACUCUAAACGUCCCGAUUACAUGGCAAGCGAGGUGCUAUCCGAUAAAAUGAAGUACAAACUGAACCUAAUGGGCAUGAGCAGCUCGGAAAUGGUAGCACAAGCCAUGCGCUACGAUCCGGCCACCAUCCUCGACGGCACAAGUGUUCCAUCCAACGUACCAGAGGCGUUUGUGAAAUUCCACCAGGAAUACCAAGCAAAUCCGAAAUUCCGCGCAGAGAUGGAUCGUUUUGCGGAUCGCCUAAAGCUACCGAACAUUCAACAGGUGCAAAGCGGAACCGUUGCACCACUGGGUGAAGGAUUUUCGGCACCUGGCACUUCCAUCGCACCUUCCGGUAGCAGUGAUUCCGGAUUUGCUUCCAUUCCGGUUAGUCCCCGCGAAGAUGCUCCUUCACAUGCCCAGCUGCUUGGUCCGAUGGGGGCACUGGUGCUAAAUGGUGAUCAAAUGCCAGCUGCACAGCAGGCUCGUGAUGGCGUUGCUAUGACAACGAACCGCUGCACGGGAUGUACGCUGCCCAUCUACACCGGCGAGGUGGCAGUGAAGGUGGAUCGAGCGAGUAACAGCGAUCAAUCGAUCUGGCACCCGCAGUGCUUCAAAUGUAAUCGAUGUGGUGAACUGCUCGCCGAUCUCGUUUACUUCUACCACGGUGGUGCGGUGUAUUGUGGACGUGAUUUAGCCGCUAUCUUGAAAAUUCCCCGCUGUGCGGCUUGUGAUGAGUUGAUCUUUACAAAAGAGUACACGGCCGCCGAAGGAGCUACAUUCCAUGUGCGGCAUUUCUGCUGCUACCACUGCGAUGGACCGCUGGCCGGGCAGCAGUACGUGAUGGAUGAGAAAUCCGCUCAACCACUGUGCCUUCCGUGCUACAAGGGCCACUACGCUCAGACGUGCGCCACCUGCAACCGGUGCAUUGGUCCGGCCGAGCAGGGCGUCGGUUGGGACAAAAUUCACUGGCACAAGGAGUGCUUCCUGUGUAGCGGUAAACACUGCCGCAAAUCGCUAAUCGGUGGACGGUUUUGUGUCAAAGAAAACCGCCCGUAUUGUAGCGCUCAAUGCACGAAGGACAUUUAAACAAGUCUCGCCAUCCUCCGCUCCGAAACAACAGUAUGUUCGAUUUGCCAUAGCACCUGAGAGAGACUGUAAUCUCGAGCGACGCAUUCUACGGUUCUAUUCCAGAGAUGCCUGUAUUUCUCAUCACGAUGAAACUACAUUUUCAAAAAGUCGACCACUCGCAGCCUAGUCGAAAGGUAUACGUUUCAUGAGCCUCUAGUUUUGUAAGCGAAGUAUUCAAUACAGCUAAGUGAGAGAUACAAAAUUUGCUAGUACUAUUGUACUAGCCACAGGAACAUAAAGUGGCUCUUAUUUAGGGAAUUUUGAUAGAAUAGUAUGCUAUUUUACUAUGAGAGGUAUUUUUAAAGCACUGUUUACACCACACUACAUUAAUCAACGAUAAAUAUCAACUAAAUAUAUAUACAGCAGAUUGUAUUUUCCGCAACAGAUAAUUUCUCAAGUAAAUCCAGGAAUCCUCACACGCAUUUUUGUAGAAAUAUUUAUCAUAUUUAAUGGUGCAUCCUA